GAUCAAUUCCAUUCAUCGACAGAAUUCAGUAGAGUGAAUACACGGCUUGACCUGGACUGUGGUAUGACGCAAUCAAUUUCAAUUUAAGCUCAAACUAUAGUUAGCAUCUAGGGGCGAUAAUUAUCACAUUCUCUCCGGCCCUUCUCAGUCGCUCAAUUGAUUCAACCAAGUGCACUGAAAAAAGAAUAAGCUCGCUGAGACUGAUAAAGCAGAACCUCCUCAGCAGAUUGUCUUAUCUGCCGUAGAGCUCUAUUUCUUAUCUUUUACGAAAAUACUGUGCGAAUCUACCACAGCAGUUGCUUACAAGAUCUGCUGCACCAACAGUGAAAUAAGCUAUGUUAUCUAAGUUGAUCGAGGACUUUUCGUCAGCCAGCACAUCUAAGCAGGCACUGCUGGUGACGGCAGGACUGGGCACCAUCACGGCAACAGCUGUCGGUGCCUACUAUCUAAAGAAACGAAUCGACAACACUCCACCGAAGCAAUGGCGCAAAGUGGGCGAAAUCAACGAAAUAUUUGUGUACCCGGUAAAAUCAUGCGCUCCUAUCAAGGUAAGCCGGAUUGCCUGUUCCGAUAUUGGACCGCAGCGGAAUCUGCUGAGAGAUCGUAUAUUCAUGGUUUCUAACUUGGACGGAAAAUGGGUGACUGCCAGACAGAAACCAAAGAUGGUGCUAAUUCAACCAUCGUUCGAUGACGGCUACGAGAGGAUAACGCUUUCAGCGCCCGGAAUGGAUGAUAUCUCGAUCGGGAUCAAGGGGUUGUAUGAUUUGGAGUCUUCCCAGAGUGUGGUUUGGGGUGAACCGGUACCGACGGUGGAUUGUGGUGAUGAGGUAGCUCGAUGGUUAUCUGUUUACCUGUUGGAUAAGUCGGAUGGAUAUCGGCUCAAAUUUUAUCCUCUGGAUAAAACAUCCAGAAAGAAAUCAGACGAAGAUACCGGUGCUUUGCACGACGAGACCAGCUAUAUGUUGUUCAACACUGCUACGGUGGAAGAUUUAAACACUCGGCUAGAUCAGAAAGUGACACCGUUGCAGUUUAGGCCGAACUUUGUGGUGAAGGGACCGCCGGCGUAUGCCGAGGAUAGUUGGCGCUGGGUAAAAAUCGGAAAUACAGUCUUCAAGUACGUCAAGCCAUGUCUGAGAUGUGUUUUCACAAAUAUUGAUCCUGAUAAAGGGGUCAGCAAUCCGGAAGGGCAGCCGCUGAAAACGUUGAAGGGGUAUCGAAGAAUACCGGAACUGGGGGAGUCGCCUGCGUUUGGAAUUCAUCUCGGAUUGAGGAAAGCUGGUGAAGUGAGUCUGGGAGACUCGGUGUACUAUGGAUAGCAGCGAAGCUACUCGAAAUGCCAAAAAUUGAUGCAUUUUAAAACAAUUUUUACGUUCUUGUUACCUAAAGAGAUAUUUAAACUUUAGUGCACGAUAGGUGAAUUUGAAACAAUAAACUAAUACUUUAAAAUGUUGUUAA